AUGGAUCAGUUAAGGGACGACCUUAUCCAGAUGAGAGCUCAAGUCACUUCCCAGAUGGCUCAGUUCAUGGAAGUCAUGCAAGGCAUGGCUGAUCGCCAAGAAGAGCUCAAAAUCCGGAUGGACACAGUUGCUCAGGUUGUUGCGGACCCCCCACAAAGAAAUUCUGCUGAUAUCCGUGUCAAUGGAGAACCUGUGAACGGAGGACUUGGUGUGAUUCCUCCUGCUGCCAAUCAAGGUAAUCCUCAGGGGCCUCCUCGGCCUACUCCUGAAGGACAAACUACACAACAAAUCAGAAGGGCUGCUACUAUCCCCGUGUUGGAAGAGGACCGACACGAGGAUUUGUUUCCUAAAAGAGAAUGGGGACUUCCACAUGAUGCUGGAAGGAUGUUUAGAGGUCUGGAGGAAAGGAUGAGGGCAAUGGAAGGCCAAGGACUUGGUAUGGACAUCAGUGAUUUGGGUUUGGUUCCUGGCGUCCGUGUGCCACCGAAAUUCAAAGUACCUGAUUUUGAGAAAUACAAGGGGAAUACUUGUCCUAAGACACAUGUUCGAGCUUACUAUCGCAAAAUGCAUGUAUACUCUGAGGACGAAGGAUUGUUGAUGCACUUCUUCCAAGAUAGCCUUACUGGGGCAUCCUUGGAGUGGUAUAUGAGGUUGGAGAGAGCUCACAUCCGAAGUUGGAGAGAUCUGGUUGAGGCCUUCGUGAAGCAAUAUCAGUAUAAUAUUGACAUGGCCCCAAAUCGCAUUCAGUUACAGAACCUUGCCCAGAAGUCUAAUGAGUCCUUCAAAGAACAUGCGCAGAAAUGGCGCGAGUUGGCGGCUAGAGUCCAACCACCUAUGCUGGAAAGAGAGAUGAUGGAUAUGUUCACCAAUACUCUGGAGGGCCAAUAUUACUCCGCCUGCUCUGCGUCCUCGAGCUUCGCCGAGGGGAAGAAACCAUAUAACGGAUUUGCUAAGAAGAGAGAGGGUGAAACGAGUGCUGCUUACUAUGGUAAAGGCAAAGGCCAUGCUUAUCAACAAGUAGCCGCGGUGACCAUACCGAAUGCUCCUCUUCAACAACAACAACAACAACAGCAAAGGUAUCCUCCGCGUCAGUAUCAGCAAAAGCCGAGAGCACCAAGAAAUUUUGAUCCCAUACCUAUGACAUAUGCACAACUACUUGCUCAUCUUUUACAUCGUGAGUUGGUGCAACUUCGUACCAUGGGCCCUCCACCUGCUAAGCUCCCUCCUAGCUAUGAUGCGAAUGCUCACUAUGAUUUUCAUUCUGGGGCUGCUGGUCAUGAUAUUGAACAUUGCAUAGGAUUCAUGCAUAAGGUACAAGAUCUGAUUGAUUCAAAGGCUAUUGAGUUCACCCCUACUCAAGGGCCUAACGUUGUUCAGAACCCUAUGCCUCCCCAUGGAGCUCAUGCUGCAAAUGCCAUUGAUAUUGUUGGAGAUGCUCACCUAGUUAAAGAUGUAAUCGAACUAGGCUCGUUAUUGCCAUUAUUGAAGAAGGAAUUGUUGAGGAUGGGUCUGUUCUCCGGUUGUGGGGAAUUUUGUGUUGAUUGCCUAGCUGAUGCCUCAGUUUGUGAUAAUGUGAAGAGUAGGGUCCAACAGUUAAUAGAUAACGGGUAUCUACAAUUUGAGCAUGUGCGAUGUCCUAAAGUGGUUGAAAACGAAGUUAAUGUGGUAUCCAUUCCUUAUACUCCUGCCAAGAUUCCGAUUCCUGCCAGAGCACCUCCUUUGGUUAUUACACUUCCUGGUCCCGUCCCGUAUACUAGUGAAAGAGCAAUCCCAUGGAAUUAUGGAGCAGAAGUUUUCUACCAAGGGACCAAGCAUGAGAUCGAAAUUCCAGUUGAGAAAGAAGAUGUGGACAAUGUUGUUGGCAUUGGGCGAAUGACAAGGAGUGGUCGUAUUUUCAAUCCUCCUCAAAAUGCUCGCGAUGAUAAUGCAGAAGCCCUAGCUCGAGAUAAAGGAAAAAGAGUGGCAGAAGAUACAGUGGAUCAGGGGCAAAGCUCUAAAUCUGAAGAUACAGUGGCCAAAGAGAUGGAAGAGUUCCUAAAGAUCAUAAAGAAAAGUGAGUAUAAAGUGGUUGACCAGCUGAGUCAAACUCAAUCAAAGAUUUCGAUCUUGCAGUUACUCUUGUGUUCGGAGACACAUCGAAAUGCUUUGUUGAAACUUCUAAGUACUGCCUUUGUCCCUCCGGAGAUCUCAGUGAAUCAACUUGAAGGGGUGGUGUCAAACAUCAACGCUGGUAAUGGAUUGGGAUUCACCGAUGCAUACUUGCCUUCCGAAGGUAGAAACCAUAAUAGAGCUUUGCAUAUAUCAGUGGAGUGUAAAGGGAUUAUGUUAUCACGUGUUCUCGUGGAUACUGGAUCUUCUUUGAAUGUAUUACCGAAGUCGUCUUUGAUGAGGCUAGAUUAUUCUGGCGUUGAGAUAAGGCCGAGUGAAUUAACUGUGAGAGCCUUUGAUGGCUCAAAAAGAUCAGUGUUUGGGGAGGUUGACUUGCCGAUAAUGAUAGGACCUCAGCUCUUCACUAUUACUUUCUUCGUGAUGGAUAUCCACCCGUCCUACAGUUGUCUCCUAGGACGCCCAUGGAUCCAUGCUGCUGGGGCCGUGACUUCCACAUUACAUCAGAAACUCAAAUUUGCGACUCAAGGAAAGAUAGUCACAAUAUGUGGGGAAGAAGAACACGUGGUAAGUCAUCUUGCGUCCUUCAGGUAUAUCGAGGUGGAAGGAGAGGUCCACGAGACGCCUUACCAGGCCUUUGAGGCUGUCCAGACUAUCAAGAUCCCUUAUGUUGAAAAUAAGAAGUUGGAGGCUCCCAUGUCUUCACUAAAGGAAGCUAAAGCUGUGGUUGAAUCUGGUUGUAACACGGUGAACUGA